GUUAAAAUUACUUAAGCUGGAUGGGUAAGACGAUUCAGGUGUAUGGAUUUCCCACUCAUGUGUCUGCAACAGUGGUUCAGAAAUUUCUAGAGGUUUAUACAGGAAAAGGAACUGUGUAUGCUUUAGAGGUUAAGGUUUCCAAAGGAGGGUUUAGAGCAUAUGCUAAAGUACAGUUUACCAAUAAGAAAAGUGCUGAGGAUAUCAUCUCAUUGGCAAAUCAGCAGCUCUGGUAUGGGUCUUCUUAUUUAAAAGCUAGGGAAAUGGACUCUGACAUGAUACCAAAGCCUCGGACCUAUGUGCAUUGCAUGGAACAAGUAAGCCUACAUUUUGGGUGUCAGACAUCAAGGGAGAAUUUUUCAGUUCUCUGGAAAAGAACAAAUGUAUCUGUAAAAUUUGGGAUUGGAUUGAAAAAAAUGUACUUCUUCCUAUCCCAUGUUUAUGUUGGUUACAAGCUUGUGCUGUCCUACGAAAACAUCUGGCAAGUUGAGCUACAUUGUCCACGCGGUCAAACUGCAAAGUUUCUUCUCAUUCAGUUAUAUGGUGCUCCUCGGAUCUAUGAGCAAGUUGAAGAUUCCCUUCAUAGCUAUUUCAAGGAAACCCCUGAUGAUCAAUGGGUCAGGACAACCGAUUUCACUCAAUCAUUCUGUAUCGGGCAGUCUUCUGGUUUAUGUCUGGAGAUUCCUCAUGGAAUUCAGCUUCCAAAUUUCCAUGAAAACUUUCCUUACUAUAAAGAAAGUGCAAGCCAAUUUACAUUGGUGAACGGGCAGACCUUUUCUGACAGUUUGGAUCUAGUCCCCAUUGUGGGUCCUCCAUGUGGACUUGAGUUGCCAUACAAAAUAUUAUUCAAGAUUUGUUCCUUGGUUCAACAUGGGUUUCUUCCAGGACCAGCACUUGAUAUCAAUUUUUUCCGUUUGGUCGAUCCACGAAGAAUGGAUAUUGGAUGUAUUGAACAUGCCCUUGAAAAACUGUUUCAUUUGAAGGAGUGCUGCUAUGACCCUGUUAGGUGGAUUAAUCAAGAAUACCAAAAAUACCGCACUUUUCGGAAACUUCGUAAAACGCCUGAUGCUUUAGAUGAUGGGUUGGUAUAUGUACGGAGGGUUCAAAUAACCCCAUGCAAAGUGUAUUUCUGUGGUCCGGAGGUUAAUGUGUCUAAUCGCGUAUUACGCAAUUAUUCUGCAUAUAUUGAUAAUUUCCUUCGUGUUUCUUUUAUCGAUGAGGAGUGGGAUAAAAUGUAUUCCAUGGACUUAUCUCCCCGUACAGGUUCUGGAAACGAGGACAAAAGAACUGCUGUUUAUAAGAGGAUACUGUCAAUUCUUAGAAAGGGCAUAGUUAUUGGUAGUCAGAAAUUUGAGUUUCUUGCCUUUUCAUCAAGUCAGCUACGGGAUAAUUCUGCUUGGAUGUUUGCUUCAAGACCUGGGCUUACUGCAGAUGAUAUUAGAACGUGGAUGGGUGAUUUUCGUCAAAUCAGAAACGUGGCGAAAUAUGCUGCCAGACUUGGUCAGUCCUUUGGUUCCUCCACAGAAACUUUGAACGUUGCUAGGGAUGAAAUUGAAAUUAUUCCUGAUGUUGAGGUUGUAAGAGGUGGAGUCAGAUACGUUUUCUCUGAUGGAAUUGGCAAAAUAUCUGCCGACUUUGCUUGCAGAGUUGCUAUAAAAUGUGGUCUUAAAAGUUCUACUCCAUCUGCCUUUCAGAUCCGGUAUGGUGGAUACAAAGGUGUUGUGGCUGUUGAUCCCACUUCAUCAAUGAAGUUGUCACUGCGAAAGAGCAUGUCCAAGUAUGAAUCAGAGAACACAAAAUUAGAUGUUCUGGCAUGGAGCAAGUAUCAACCGUGUUUUUUGAAUCGUCAAAUAAUCACUCUUUUGUCUACUCUUGGGGUCAAAGAUCACAUCUUUGAAAAGAUGCAAAGAGAAGCAGUGAAUCAACUAAAUACCAUAUUAACAGAUACUCUAAGGGCACAGGAGGCGCUAGAUUUGAUGUCUCCAGGAGAGAACACUAAAAUUCUCAAGGAAAUGCUUCUGUGUGGUUAUAAGCCUGAUGCGGAACCAUUCCUCUCAAUGAUGCUGCAAACGUUCCGGGCAUCAAAAUUGCUAGACUUGCGGACUAGAACAAGAAUAUUUGUUCCUCGUGCAAGGUCAAUGAUGGGAUGUCUAGAUGAAACCGGAAUCUUAGAGUAUGGGCAGGUAUUUGUGCAACUUUCCGGCACUGGACAUAGGCUGUUUGAUGAUGAUUCCCUUAAGUACAAUGGCAGUCUCUUGGAUCAGUGUAAUUUCAUAGUUGAGGGCAAGGUAACUGUUGCAAAGAACCCGUGCUUGCAUCCUGGGGAUGUGCGCGUUUUAAGGGCUGUUGAUGUGCCAGCUUUGCACCAUAUGGUGGAUUGCGUAGUUUUUCCACAGAAAGGAAAGAGACCUCAUCCAAAUGAAUGCUCUGGAAGCGAUUUGGAUGGUGACAUUUACUUUGUCUGUUGGGACUCUGAUCUGAUUCCACCCAGGCAAGUCCAACCUAUGGAUUAUACCCCAGCACCACCUAUGAUGUUGGAUCAUGAAGUGACAAUUGAGGAAGUCGAGGAGUAUUUUACCAACUACAUAGUCAAUGACAGUUUAGGAAUUAUUUCAAAUGCCCAUACAGUCCUUGCUGAUAGGGAACCUUCCAAGGCAAUGAGCGAUCCUUGUCUAGAGCUUGCGAGGCUGUUUUCAAUUGCAGUUGACUUCCCAAAAACUGGAGUUCCAGCUGAGAUACCCCCUCAUCUGCGUGUCAAAGAGUAUCCAGAUUUCAUGGAAAAGCCUGACAAAACCACCUACAUAUCAGAAUGCGUGAUUGGAAAGCUUUUUCGAGAGGUAAAAGACAUUGCAACAGACACAAGCUCUAUUAGAACCUUCACAAGGGAAGUGGCGAGACGGUCAUAUGAUCCUGACAUGGAAGUAGAUGGUUUUGAGGAUUACAUUGAUGAUGCUUUUGAAUGUAAAACUGAGUAUGAUUACAAAUUGGGAAACAUGAUGGAUUACUAUGGCAUAAAAACCGAAUCUGAAAUACUGAGCGGGGGAAUUAUGAAAAUGUCAAAAUCUUUCGACCGGAGAAGGGAUGCAGAAGCAAUUGGUUUGGCUGUAAGGUCCUUAAGGAAGGAAGCCAGGACCUGGUUCAAGCAGAAAGGGAGUGAUUCGGAUGCUGGAGCUGAUGACGUUUAUGCAAAAGCAUCGGCUUGGUAUUAUGUAACAUAUCAUCCUAGGUAUUGGGGUUGCUACAAUGAGGGAAUGGGUCGGGAUCAUUUCCUUAGUUUUCCGUGGUGUGUUUACGACAAGCUGAUCCAGAUCAAAAAGGAUAAAUCUAGUCUCAGAAGGGCUCUCCAUAUGUCGUCACUUGAACGGCAGUUCGAUUAUGGAUUGAGUCUGAGUUGA